GCUCCUCGCGGCUUCAACCGGCAACCCCAUUUCCGGCCUACUAGCUGUAUAAAAGGGAGACCCAAACUAUGAAGACCUUCCCGCUCUUGCGACAUUGUACAUUAAUGUGAUAUAUUAAUUGUAGUGUAAAAGAUGACGAGGAAGGUGGCGGCCAUGGAUGCCAAGGAGGCGGAGGAGGUGAUGAGGAGGAACGCCAAGCUGGAGGCGGCGGCGGCGGAGGCGGCGGCGAGGGAGGCGCGGCUGCGGCGGGAGCUGGAGGCGGCGCUGGCGAGGCUGGCGGUGGCGGAGGAGGGGGAGGAGCGGCUGUGCGUGCAGCUCGGCGAGCUGGAGGCGGAGGCGAUGGCGCAGGCCGUCGAGUACCAGCAGCGGGUCAGGGAGCUCUCCGACCGCCUCGCCUUCGUCGACGGCAUCCUCCGGCCGUAGUCCGGCCGCCGCCGCCGCCGCCGCCGCCGGCGGCGGCAUGGAUUGACUGACCACCUGCAGGUUUCAGUGAAUCAUUGCUCGGUAUCGCUAGGGUGUGUGUAUGAUGAAGCAUGUACGGUUUUAAUUUUUUUCCUUCUUUGUUCCGAUGGAGUGAAGAAGUUGUGUGUACUUUGUGUGUUUGUUGUGUUUUGGGCAGUAAAAUUUGUAAAAGUUCUCAAAUUUUAGAGAAAUUUUACACUACAUUAUACUGCUGUAUGUACUACCAUUAUAAAAAAGAACAUGUUUAGAAUUUGCCACUAAAAAGGUAUAUUUAGUAAUUUUUGAUUCA